ACAUUCACGUGUGCCAGCUGUCACUUUCUGAAGCCCAUGAUAUUUAAUACAAGUGCUCAACAGAGGAGCCAACCGGCCACUGGCUCCAUGUUGGCUACAGGUCAGCGUGCGCUCCAGGGUCUCUGCUGUGCCAACUGAGAGCCAUCAUGGCCGUCGUGCAUGGUUCAGUUUCACCCUUUGUCACAGCAGCCAAUCGGAUUGAUUUUAGUGUUUGGCCAGAGCAUGAAGAAGAGGAGAAAAGUGCCUGGUGGGGGUCUGAAGGGCAGGUUCCAGAGCUGAAGGCAGGUGCUUCUCUUGGCAGACCUCUCUGUGGGAUGCGAUGAGCGGGCAGGUUUCACCUCUAGACCCAACAUGCACCACUCCACCAAUGAGCCCAUCUGCCCCAAGUUCCAGCCCAACAUCUUCGACCCGUCCCGCUGCCAUGACUGCCUGCGCCAGAGGCACCUGCAUGCCGGCGCAGGGGAGAGCACUGGGGCAGCACCACAACACAAAUCCACAGCAGGCACUGGAACCAGGGGUGGUUCAAGCAAAGGAGUGUUAUUAACACCAGUUCUGUCCCAGGCUGAGGAAAGAGACACCAGCAGCAAGGAUGAUUCUGAUGGUUUGUCUGUGGUGAGCAGCUACUGUGAUGUCAGCGGAGGCCGGCGGGGGUUCGGGGAGAGCUCUCUGUGCAUCCUGAGCCCCGACUGUGAGCUUUACAUCUGCGACGGCGACGACAGCACAGACAGCUGUCGUGACCAGAGUGACAACCAAGAGUUCAGCAGCUCCGUCAGCGCAGAGGACGAUUACCUGCCGAUCCAUCGUCGUUCAACCAAACUCGGCAUGACCCGGCUUGACCCUCCACCCCACCGGCCCAACACUCGGGCCUGGAUGAACGAAGCCGGGGGCAGAGACGGCUUCAGCAGGCGAUCAGGGUUAAAAGAAGACAGAGAGAAGCGUGAAAGUGGCUACUUCUCCCUGGGGAAGGUUUCGGGGGCCCGUUCACUCCGAGAUAGCAGCCCGCCUGCUCCUUACCGCCACUUUGAGAGAGGACACCCCAUUUUCAGCAACAGAAACAUUGAGCCCAAAGACACUAUCCCCUUCAGAAACCCAAAUCUUGGUAUGGCCUCUGAAAGGCAGUUACAAGAGGAUCUAACUGAGGACCUCCCUGUGGAAAUCCCUCCUCCUGACCCCAUUGAAAUUGCCAUUGAAGUUGAGGCACAAGUUGGCCCUCGCUCUCCAAGUCCAACUCCUUUUAAGAUAGCGGAAUCACUUGCCUCAACUGGACGAAAAGGUGCCAGCAGCUCACUUGGCCGAGGAAACUCUUCUUCCUAUCAACAGUCAGGGCGUUUUGAUUCCUCAAGGCAAGCGGAAUCAUUUGCCUCAACUGGACGAAAAGGUGCCAGCAGCUCACUUGGCCGAGGAAACUCUUCUUCCUAUCAACAGUCAGGGCGUUUUGAUUCCUCAAGGCAAGCGGAAUCAUUUGCCUCAACUGGACGAAAAGGUGCCAGCAGCUCACUUGGCCGAGGAAACUCUUCUUCCUAUCAACAGUCAGGGCGUUUUGAUUCCUCAAGGCAAAGCUCAGCUCUGCAGUCCCGCACCUCUUCUCCCUCACGUGGGAACUUACCAUUCAGACGCAGCGAGUCCAUUGCCUCCCUCAGCAGGCAUAACUUGGGUGGUGGUGGGCGGUCUCAAGGGACAGAGCUAGGGUCCAUAAGCUCCUUGCAAAGCACACAUGCCCAACGUGUUGAGUCAGGAAGUCUGCCAAGAAACUUCAGAUCGUUCGCUGGUUCAUUCAAAUCCCAGUCCAGCACCGCUUCUGAUUUUAGGAAUACCUUAAGGAAAACUGAAGUAAAUGGACUGUUAAGUAGUCGGGGUCAUGACAGCAGAAGCUCCUCUCCCUCAAGGAGGAACUAUAACCGUCAAGGCCAAAUGUCUCUACACAAAACUGAAAUCGGCUCCACUUCACCUCCUGGACAUGGGCUCAAUGCUCGUAGUUCCUCUCCAUCUAGGAGAACUUCUGACAGUCGCAGUUUUUCACCGCCAAUGAGAAAUUACAACUCGUCUAGCCAAUUUCCCCUUUGUAAAUCUGAAUCAGUCGUGUCGCUGAACAGAGGUAGCCAACAUGGGCGCUGUGGCUCCCCUAUCCGAGAGGGCUAUGAUGUUGAAAGCCAAGCUCUGCUGCGAAAUUCCACAGCAAGGAAUGGACUCGGCAAUGAAGAACAUGAGAGCCCCAUCAUGUCUCCACCCAGACGAGGCUAUGGCACACCACGUCAGUCCAUCCUCCGUAAGACUGAAUCAAGCCCUGUUGAUAGAAGUCAAGGUCAUGACAGCCGUUGUUCCUCCCCUGGAAGGAGAGGCCGCGAAACCCCUAGUCAGUAUCAGCUUAGGAAAACAGACACCAGCAGUUCGUUAAGUGGCCGUACUCAUGACAGUCGUAACUCCUCCCCUUCAAGGAGAAGCUAUGAAGCUCCUUCUCAGUCUCUGCUGCGCAAAUCUGAAGUAAACAGUUCUCUCAGAAGUCGAGACAAUCACACUUUGUUGCCUUCAAAGAAAAACUAUUAUGUACCUGACCAGAGCUCACUGCGGAAAACAGAGACAAGCAGCUCCCUAAACGGCAGGAAUCAGACCAGCCGCAACUCUUCUCCCUCUAGAAAAGGUAACAGUGACCCACCGGGCUUCUCAGUCCUCAGAAGUGCCACAGGUGGAAACUCGGCCCAUUCCUUUCAGAGAAGAAACACCUAUAAUGACUCAAAACCUGACCCUAAACACUCAGCACACUCUUGGCGGGAAUCAACCCAUUCCCUCCGCAGCACUUCCUGUUCUCGUGCUUCUUCGCCCUUUAGACAAACCACAAAUGGUAGCAGGACAGCAUUCGUCACUGUGGAAGCACCCAGGAGCCCCAGCAGCAUCAGAUCUGGGGCUGGGAGACAUGUGCUCGAGGAUCGCUGCCCCUCUCCUAAUGACAAGAGUUCCUCCCACCGUGCACGAAGCCCUUCUUCUUCACCUCGGGUUCAAAUGAGGAGGGACACCUCCUCCCUGAGCUCCAUGGAGUCCUUAGAGUCGGGUCAGCUGUCGGUGGGGCCCACAGGACGGCGCAGGGAGGAGUACGCUACAAUGGCUGACCUGCCAACGGUCAAAAGGAUCUAUCAGAGGGAAGAGCCGGGCCAGCAGUUCUCUCAGAGACAGGAACUCUUCAAACCGGCCAGCCACUCCCUGAGCAAACAGCCCUCCAGAGAGUGGGAGAACACCGAGAGAGAGUGGCACUACGCUGGCAGUGGGUAUCUGUCCCGAGCUCACUCCUCCACCUCGCUGCAGAGGUCUGACAGUCCCACAGCAGAUGAGGGCAGGUCUCGGAAAGGUAAUUACUACAGACCAGAACAAAUGCAGCCCGACCUCCUGAACUUCAAAAAGGGCUGGAUGUCGAAACUGGACGACAGUGGAGAGUGGAAGAAGCACUGGUUUGUUCUGACUGAUGCUGGGCUGAAGUACUACAGAGACUCGAGUGCAGAGGAGAAAGAUGACAUGGACGGGGAGAUUGACCUAAAAUCCUGUGUGAAGGUGUCUGAGUUUGAUGUGGAGAAGAACUAUGGGUUUCAGAUACAGACGCGGGAGGCCGUGUUCACACUCUCUGCCAUGACGGCCGGGAUCAGGCGGAACUGGAUAGAAGUCUUAAAGAAGUGUGUCCGGCCCAGCAGCUCUCCAGACCUCACACAGUUACCCGACAGCAGCAGUGACAAAGAAAAUUCCCACUCACGUUUCCCGACUUCUUCCCGUCACCCAUCGUUACAUCACAGCAUCGUUCCUACAGAGGUUCUGACCUCUUCCCCUCCUGUUCAGCGUAGGUUUGAUUACGUUGAACUGUCCCCUGUUCCCACUCCCGCUGGCUCCCUCCCAGCCAGUCAGAGAGAAGCAGGAGAAGGGCAGGGGAGCAUGAGCAGGCAGUGGGAAGCUGUGCUGUCCAGGAAGGGCGCUGACGUAGGCUCGAACCAGAGUCUACGCAUGGAGGAGGCAAUAGAGAAGAAGUGGGCUGAGUUUGAACGCUUGCCGUUUAAGGAGAUGAGCUCGGCGUCACCAGUAGGACCACGGUCCUCCAGCCCUUCAGCCAACGAGGCGCUGCAGAGGGAGGUGGCGUCACUGAGGCAGCAGCUGGAGCAACUACGGGGAGGGGGAGGGCGAGGCGAAGGAGGUGUGCGGGGUGGCUGUGGCCCUGAGGCCCCCUGCGGCCGCAGCCUGGCAGCCAUGGAGCGUGCUCACCGACAUGCCCUAGAGGAGGUGCAGAGGCAGCACGAGCGCCAGAUUAAGGAGCUUGAGGUGGAGAAGGACAGGCUGCUGCUGGAGGAGGCCCAGGACACUGCACGAGUGAUGGAAGCUUUGAAGAAGAAACAUAAGGAGGAGCUGGAGAGAGAAGUGGAGAAAGUCCACAGGCUAAACAGCGGGAUGCUAGACUCACAGACGCUGCGAGCCCAGCGACAGGCAGAAGCUCAGUCGCUGCAGAGAGAGCUGUCCAGCCUCUCGGAGCGUUACUCUCAGAAGUGUCUGGAGCUGAAUCGAGCUGAGCAGAACAACGCUGAGAGAGAGAGGGAGAUCAGCCGCAAAGAGAGAGACUUGGAGCAGCUGAGGAAAGAGAACCAGGACUUAAAAGCCCGUUUGACAGAGGAGCUCAGUCGUGUGCGAUCUUCCAUCGAAGAUCAGGGCUUGGACGACAGCAAAGACAAGACGCCCUGUGAACUAGAGGUUCUUCUCAGGGUGAAAGAAAACGAGAUCGAGUAUUUACACAAGGAGAUCAGCUGUCUAAGGAACGAGCUGCAGUUUCUCAACACGGAGAAAAGGCUGGCCUGCGAACGAUACACGGAGGUGCAUGAGGAGCUGAGUGGGAUAAAGGGCCGGAACGAGCGAGAGAUCCACAGUCUAAAGGAACAUCUGAGGCUGGCCAUGGCUGCUCUGCAGGAGGGGCAGAAGCUGGGCAACAGCCUGGACCACUGAGAGCCCGCCGCCGCUAUUAAUGCUGUGGCAGGCGCAGCGCCAGGUGCAUCUGCACCGUGGUGACUGAAAGAGGGAUGCAGGAGAUGGGUGUUCCAGCUCUGUGGGGACCAUGAACAGUGCCUUAAUUUUCAAUCAUUCUGCCAAUGAACAGCAGAGAGUAGCCAUUAGCUGGUUUCAUUACACUGGGCUGUACCUGAUGUAUAAAACUGCACUUUUCGUGUUUAUCUUAGCUUUUGCUUUUGUCUGCCCCUGCGUGUAUGAGUGUGCAUUUGGUCUGAAAACUGGAAUAUCUGUUGAGUGACUUUUUUUAGCAGCCAUUGUAGAUAGAGUUCAUGCUGUAUCAGCUUUUUGGUUGGAUAAACUCACUGUGUAUGUGUUCUGCCUGAGACAGCAGGGGUCAACACAGUUAGAGGAGCUACUGUCACCUCUGUUUGUUGAGUCCUAUUUGCUUACAUGUGAAAAUGGCACACGUUUCUUUAGAAAUGAUGGGAGCUGCUUAUUUGAUUUUUUUUUUUUACCUAGCCACAUUGGUGCUUAUGUUUUAUUGUUUGUGAAUAGAAUUUUUUUUUUGAAUAUAUUGGGAUUGAUACAGGUUAAGACAGCAAACGUUUCUAAUUCUGGUUGUAUAGAAUUCAGGCUCCACUUUCUUUGGAUAUGCUUGUGAAGCUGUUGAAUGAAUGUUGUCCCACAUCACAGAUGUCUUUAUUUUGAAACUGUGGUUGAGAAGCGGGAACUCUCCAGCUUCCAGUCUCCCCUGAUCAUUUCUGGCAUUUAUGUGCCAGCACAACAAUAAAUGAGAGGAGUUGCAUCAAUGAGCCAAUUUUUUUAUUGACUGUAUGUAUUGUGAUAAAAUGACUCAUCUACCUGCCUUUUGAAAAUGUUUUCAUAUUUAAUGCACUGAUGAACCAGUAUCAUCUUUGUAAAUUAUACACAUUUUUGCAAUCAAUAAAACAAGUUCAACAGAAACUUAAUGAAACG